GCCCGACCGCUCUGGGCCGCGCGCCUCGCUCGUCCCGAGACACGGCUCCGGCUGCUAGCAGCUUCUCUGCCCGCGCCCAGCGCCCACCCACCGGGCUCCCCGUGCCGAACCCAGCACCUCGGCUCCCCGGGGCCGGACCGAGGCCGCCAGCAGUGCUGCGGGGUGUGGGGCGGACCCAGGAGAUGAAAUGACAACGUCAACCCUCCAGAAAGCCAUUGAUCUGGUGACGAAAGCAACAGAGGAGGACAAAGCCAAGAACUACGAGGAGGCGCUGCGGCUGUACCAGCAUGCCGUGGAGUACUUCCUGCACGCCAUCAAAUAUGAGGCUCACAAUGACAAGGCCAAGGAGAGCAUUCGAGCCAAGUGCAUGCAGUACCUAGACCGGGCGGAGAAGCUGAAGGAUUAUUUAAAAAACAAAGAAAAACACAGCAAGAAGCCAGUGAAGGAGAAUCAGAGUGAGGGCAAGGGCAGUGACAGUGACAGUGAAGGGGAUAAUCCAGAGAAGAAGAAGCUGCAGGAGCAACUGAUGGGUGCCGUUGUGAUGGAGAAGCCCAACAUACGGUGGAAUGAUGUGGCGGGGCUGGAGGGGGCCAAGGAGGCCCUCAAAGAAGCUGUCAUUUUGCCGAUUAAAUUCCCACACUUGUUCACAGGCAAGCGUACCCCUUGGCGGGGGAUACUGCUCUUUGGACCCCCUGGCACAGGGAAAUCCUAUCUGGCCAAAGCCGUGGCAACAGAGGCCAACAACUCCACCUUCUUCUCUGUGUCCUCCUCUGAUUUGAUGUCUAAGUGGUUGGGGGAGAGUGAGAAGCUUGUGAAGAACCUCUUUGAGCUGGCCAGGCAGCACAAGCCCUCCAUCAUCUUCAUCGACGAGGUGGACUCCCUCUGUGGGUCCCGAAAUGAGAACGAGAGCGAGGCUGCCCGGAGGAUCAAAACAGAGUUCCUGGUCCAGAUGCAGGGGGUGGGGAACAACAAUGAUGGGACUCUGGUUCUCGGUGCCACAAACAUCCCCUGGGUGUUGGACUCAGCCAUCAGAAGGAGGUUUGAAAAGCGCAUUUACAUCCCAUUGCCUGAGGAAGCCGCCCGUGCCCAGAUGUUCCGGUUGCAUCUGGGGAGCACUCCCCACAACCUCACAGAUGCCAACAUCCACGAGCUGGCCCGGAAAACAGAAGGCUACUCGGGCGCAGACAUCAGCAUCAUCGUGCGGGACUCCCUCAUGCAGCCUGUCAGAAAAGUUCAGUCAGCAACGCACUUCAAGAAGGUCUGUGGCCCUUCCCGCACUAACCCUAGCAUUAUGAUAGAUGACCUCCUGACUCCGUGCUCGCCAGGGGACCCAGGGGCCAUAGAGAUGACCUGGAUGGAUGUCCCCAGUGACAAACUCUUAGAGCCUGUGGUUUGCAUGUCUGACAUGCUCCGGUCUUUGGCUACCACCCGGCCCACGGUGAAUGCAGAUGACCUCCUGAAAGUGAAGAAAUUCUCAGAGGACUUUGGACAGGAGAGUUAAAAGCUUCUUCAUAUGGGCGAUGGUGAAGUAGGAAGAUCCACUACUAAGGCUGAACUGUCCUGAGAUGGAAGCUAUGAGCUUUGGAAUGCCAGCACACAACCUAUCACCAUCUGUUAAAGCUACUAAUAUGGGCAGAGGAACAUCCUUUCUCUGAAAGUCACUUCUCUACCAGGGGACUCUUCUGAACUUCUGCCUGCACUGGCUUUCACUGCAGAAGUGGAAUUUUGAAAUUUCCCAUUAGCUUGAUGUUGCAGCUUCUGUGGCUGAUAAGUACUGUACCUAUGUGGGAUGGUACUUUCUUUGGGUGGUGAUAAGUACUUUCGUUACUGGAAAUGCAAAGGUUAGUUGCUGCUGAUCAACACCACAAAGGCGCCGCUAAGGGGAACCUGUGAAAGCUAUAAGGAAGCAGUAGUAUGUAGGAAGAAGCCAAAGGAGCCUCUGAAGACACCAAGAGAAAAACAGCUUGACCGAUCUUCACAUAAAGACCUUGUUUUUUUCAUCAAAAAAAAAAAGCUUUCUAUAAACUUCUCUGAGGGCUGAGUCUCCAGCUCCUCUCCAAAGUCCACCUGUAGCUUGAAUGAUUUCUGCUUGCCCAGUGUGCCUCAGAGAAAGGUACAGAGGAGAAAGGGUCUCCCCUGGACUGCUGUUUAAAUCCCUUCUCUCUGAGCAACUUGGACUUCUUCCGGUUCUCAUUUACCAUGAUUCAGGAGACCGUUCUGCAAGCAGACCAGCUUCGUGGCUGGCAUUGCAGCUUUGCUGUAGUGUGUACUCAGCACACGUAAGGCCAAGGUUUCAUGCCCAGCACCAAAAAAGAAAAAACUGCUCCUCAGUCUCCAUUUAAAGAUAAAAGUAAGACUUCUGGAGUUCCUUAAAGCCAAACACUAUUCAGUAAAUACCUAUGGUGAGCAGUAAGCACCAGGUCUACUUCUGUCCUGUGAAAGGAAGGGGCUCAUUGUUGUCUAUUGGUUGCCACCCCACUUCUGCUCCAUGGCCUUGGCCCGAGAAAUGAGCCAAGUACCAGCUGCCCAAGAGAUUUCGAUCUUUCCCAAGUUGGAACUGUAUCUGAGCCUGAUAAAACAUGUAGGUACUUAUUUACAUUAAUGCUGUCAUUAAAUACUUCCUUGAACUGGGA